AUGGCGGACAUAGACAUCGGCGGCGGAAAGGAGCCGCUGAUUAACGGGGAGAAGAACAAGGCCUUCAAUCGCAGCGUUUCGCACCAGCAAGACGAGCUACACAGCUUCCGGAAAUACCUAAGAUGGAUGUGCGUCGACCACUCGAGCCCAUGGACGGCGAUUCUCUCUUGGACCAUGUUCGUCGUCUUCACGCUCGUCGUUCCGGCGAUUUCUCACUUCCUCCUCGCUUGCGCCGACUGCGACAGUUACCACUCCAGGCCUUACGACUCCGUCGUCCAGCUAUCUCUUAGCAGCGUCGCCGCCGUCUCCUUCCUCUGCCUCACCAGAUUCGUAAGCAAGUACGGUCUCCGACGAUUCCUCUUCUUCGAUAAACUCUGGGACGAGAGCGAAACCGUUCGCCGAAACUACACCAUUCAACUCAAUACUUCGCUUCGUAUUGUCUCCUACUUCGUGAUCCCUAGUUUCAUAGCAAUGAGUGCAUACAAAACGUGGUGGUACGCUUCAGGUGGAUCUCAAAUACCUUUUCUAGGAAACGUCAUCCUAAGCGACACGGUUGCUUGUGUAAUGGAACUCUGUUCUUGGCUUUACCGUACAACCGUCAUCUUCCUUGUCUGUGUUCUCUUCCGUCUCAUUUGCCAUCUUCAAAUCCUUCGCCUUCACGACUUUGCUCAGCUCUUUCAGAUUGAUUCGGAUGUUGGUUCUAUCUUGUCUGAACACCUUCGUAUCAGACGCCAUCUCAGAAUCAUCAGCCAUAGAUAUCGUUCCUUCAUUCUAUGCUUAUUGGUUCUUGUCACUGGAAGCCAGUUCUCUUCUCUGCUUAUUACCACCAAAGCUUACACGCAAGUGAAUAUCUACAGAGCUGGAGAGCUCGCUCUUUGUUCCAUGACAUUAGUCACUGCACUGCUCAUACUAUUACGAAGUGCAUCAAAGAUCACACACAAGGCUCAAGCUGUGACAUGUUUAGCUGCGAAAUGGCAUGUAUGCGCAACGUUAGAAUCCUUUGAGACAGCUGAUGGAGAGACUCCAACUUUGGUUCCUAGAAACAAAGGCCGUGAUGUUAUUACGUUAACAGAAUCGGACAGCGAGGAUUAUGGUGACGAAGAAGAUGAUCUAGACAACAAUAACAUCAUUCCUGCUUAUGCUUUCAGUACCAUCUCAUUCCAAAAGCGACAAGCUCUAGUGAGUUAUUUCGAGAAUAACAGAGCAGGAAUCACAGUGUAUGGGUUUACACUUGACAGAGGUACACUCCAUACAAUUUUCGGACUCGAACUGUCUCUUGUUCUCUGGCUUCUCGGCAAAACCAUUGGCAUUUCCUGA